AGCCUUCCAAGUGCCCUUUGCCAUCGUCGCAGAUCCGAAGCAUCCUAGCCGUACAUCGCAGGAAGCCUCUUCCAGGUUCCAACCCGACCCGCACAAACGAAAUAGGAAAUCCGGAUAGAGCGCCGCCGCCGCCGCCGCCACGAGAUUCGCCGCCGCCGGAAGCCGAGGACGCGAGGGAGACCAUGACGACCAUCCGCCGGUUCUGCUGCGACGAUCUGCUCCGCUUCGCCUCCGUCAACCUCGACCACCUCACCGAGACCUUCAACAUGUCCUUCUACAUGACGUACCUGGCUCGCUGGCCCGACUACUUCCACACCGCCGUCAACCCCGGCGACCGCGUCAUGGGAUACAUUAUGGGAAAGGUUGAAGGACAAGGUGAAUCUUGGCAUGGACAUGUUACGGCAGUGUCUGUUGCCUCAGAAUUCCGCAGACAGAAGUUAGCCAAGACGCUUAUGCACUUGCUGGAGGAAAUCAGUGAUAAGAUGGAUAAGGCCUAUUUUGUGGACCUCUUUGUAAGGGCAUCCAACAUGCCGGCGAUAAGGAUGUAUGAAAAGCUGGGCUAUGUUGUUUAUCGAAGGGUGCUUCGGUACUACUCAGGGGAAGAAGAUGGCCUUGAUAUGAGGAAGGCAUUAUCACAAGAUGUUGAUAAGAAGUCCAUCAUACCACUCAAGAGACCAAUUACACCUGACGAACUUGAAUACGACUGAUGCUAAUUUCUAACUAUCGCUCUUGCGUAGUUGUGUUCCCAUUGAUCUGCACGACUUCUAUGGCAGCUCAACAAGUUAUUGUCUCUAGUGUUGUUGAAUGAGUGAUCCUGAAUUUUCUAUUUGCACAUUCCUGUUAAGAUUUGACGCGGUUUUCAUGGUGGGCACUGAUGAGCCAACUGGUGCAUGCUGAAGUGGAACGACAAUGAUUUCUAGCUUGCUAUUUU